AUGAAUAUCUUUCGGCUCGCCGCGGAUAUGUCGCAUCUUAUUGCGAUACUUAUCCUGUUGGCCAAGAUGUGGAAGACCCGCUCGUGCUCUGGCAUUUCGGCUCGUUCCCAGAUCCUUUUUGCCAUUGUGUUCACGGCCAGAUAUUUGGAUCUUUUCACGACCUUCAUUUCAACGUACAAUACGGUUAUGAAGGUGUUCUUCAUAAUUUCUUCAUAUGGUACACUCUACCUUAUGCUUAUCAAAUUCCGUCCUACCUAUGAAAAAGAAAGUGAUAGUUUCCGUGUUGAAUUUCUCCUAAUCCCCUGUGUCCUGCUAUCACUUCUUAUUAAUCAUGAAUUCACUACAAUGGAAGUCCUAUGGACGUUCAGUAUCUAUCUGGAAGCCGUUGCAAUCAUGCCUCAGUUGUUUAUGUUACAAGCAACCGGAUCCGCUGAAACUAUCACCGCUCACUAUCUGUUCUUCUUAGGCCUCUACCGCGGUCUUUACAUUCUUAACUGGGUUUACAGAUACUACACCGAAUCAUUCUUCGAUCCAAUUGCUACUGUGGCUGGAGUUGUACAAACUGUUCUUUAUGCGGAUUUCUUCUACCUGUAUGUGACCCGUGUAGUGAGAACGCGUAAAGCCAUGGAGCUUCCAAUCUAA